AUGAGGUUCCUGCUGGUUCUGCUGUUUUGCCAAGCACUCGAGUGCCUGGCUGUCCGCGGCGAUAGACGUGAGUUUGUGAAAGAGAAGUCCGUGUGGCGUUCCGACUUCGCAAAGACGAAGGUUGUGCUGUGGACGAGCCUCGAGGAUGCAGACUUCUACAUGUUGUACGAGUUGGCUGCGGCUCACCUCUGGGCGUAUCAGGAGUUCCGUCCGAAUGUGCAGGCCAUCUUCAGCAAUGACGCUCGCUUUAACGCUGGCCUCAUGGGUGAAAUGGUCAUCAACGAACUCUUCGACUACCGCUCAUCGUUUGUCUCCGGGGGUGAUGGCGACGUGUACCUCAUUGUCGCAUCCUCCAAGUACUCGCCCCGUGAUGACAGCUUCAUGGAGUCUGUCUUGAGACAGAGGCGUAGCUGGCCCCCGAUGCAUCUGAAGGAUUUCAUCGACCAUUGUUACGUAGACUCUGGCGGUAAUGCCCGGCAAAGCAAUCCAGAGCCGGUGGCACGAGCCAUGGCAGUGGAAUGGAAUGGGAAGUCCUUCAAUGACUACAAUGUUUGGGUCUUGCCAGUCUCAUUGAUGGAUCAAAGCUGGCUGACCCGAGACUAUCAACUAGGCUCCCCUAGAGAGGCUACGGUGAUGGAGGCCGCAGAUGAGCUGCUGAUUGCCAAGGAAUAUACCAAGGAAAAGCUCUCGGAGUACAUGGUCCAAUCCAUCCAACCCGGCCCAGCGAGGUUCGACUACAAGAUCGGACUUCUCGGCGGAAACGGGCCCAUUGCCGGGGCCUUUGCCGUGCUGAUGGUGGCGGAGACAUUGCUUAAGGCUGGCGGCAGCCUUGGCCACGUGGGCUUGGAGCUCUUCUCCCAGUCCCAACAUCCCAUGUCCGGUGCGGAAGCAGUGCGGUACCCCAGAAUGGUCCAAACCUACAUGGCCGGCUUGAACAAGUUCCUGACAAGGAAAGACAUCGACAUUUUUGGUUGUGCCAGCAACACCUGGUAUCAGAACUUGUAUGCCCCCAACAGCCUGAGCUGGGGUAUGGCCGUUCUCUCCGGCUUCAGAAUGGUACAUAUGCCCCGAGCCACCGUUCAGAAGGCUACGCAAUGUUUGAACAGGAGCCGGCUUGGGAUGAUUGCGACCCACUGGACCCACCGAGCAGGGCGUCGUGAAGGUGAGGUUGACGCCGAUGGCUUCCUGCUCGACGGCACAGGAAUCCUUGAACGUGGCGCUGACAUCGAGAACGUUUAUGCCACGGAGGUCCAGGAAGUCAGCCAGGGCGGCGCCGUAAUUGUCUCCGCGAAUGUGGACACGGCUUGGGAUGCGAUCAUUGUCGCGAAGCAUGGCGAUAUUCAAACUGCCAAGAAGCUCUUCAUGGACGAGAAGGUUGACGAGAUUGAGGGUCUCGGAGUUCCAGAACACUUCGGCAGCGCGAACCAAGGUGUGUGGGCCGCAGGUCGACUCAUCGGCAACGUGAUGUAUAUCCAGAAGCAGAACGUAGACGCCAUCAUCGGUGGAUGUACCGAAGUUGGCCUUGCACUGAACCAGCAAGAUCUCGACAGCAUCUCCGAGCCGGGUUCCAUCGCCUUUGUGGACUCCGGCGCCGUCAUGGCCGAGGUCUUGGCAAAGAAGGCGCUGGCCAGAGGCAAGCAAAUCUCCCUCUGCGACCCGGCUCCCGCUUCCUGA